AUGACGACUAGAGCACAGGGAUCACAGUUGAUGUUUGUCAAUACUUAUCAUAUGGUGGUCAAUGCAGACUUGGACGUGAUUGAGAAUGCAGGUGGAUUACACAAGUUUAUAAAUUAUAAAGGUCCAAUCAUUACGGAUAGUGGUGGAUUCCAGGUCUUCUCAAUGGGCCAUCCAGAUCGAAACAAGACCGUGUUGGACCACGAGGCCACACCCAUUGACAAUGGCGACUUGGACGUGCGCUCACUCGAGUUGACAAAGCGCGAGCUCAAGGGCAUGUCGGGCAAGCAGUAUCCUGGCAGCAUUGAGUCGAUCACCGACGCCGGCGUGGCAUUCCGCUCGUACAGGAACGCCAACCGCAUCGUCCUGACGCCCGAGUCGGCCAUCCAAUUCCAGAAGAAGCUGGGCGCGGACAUCAUCAUCCCGUUGGACGAGCUGCCGCCUUACCACAUGGACAUCGACCGCAUCAAGGACUCAUUGCAUCGCACGCAUCACUGGGAGGGCAUGUCAUUGAUGGAGCAUCUAACAGACAUGCGCAAACAGGCUAUCUACGCCGUGAUUCACGGUGGCAUCGACAUGGCCCUGCGCCAAAUGAGUGUGGAGUACCUGUCGCAGCUCCCCUUUGACGGCCUGGCGAUUGGCGGCAGCAUUGGAAAGGAUCGCGACGAGAUGCACGACCUGCUGUCCAAGCUGAUGCCCAUGAUUGAUCGCGCUCGUCCCAACCAUCUUCUGGGCAUUGGCGACUUGGAGAGUCUGACGCGUCUCGUGCCGCUGGGCAUUGACACGUUUGACUCGAGCUAUCCGACACGUGCUGCACGCCACGGCGCAUUGAUCCUACCAGACAGCACGAAAUUCCUUAUCACCAAGCAAGAGUAUCGCGCGGCAUAUGACGAGCCACUGGACCGAACAUGCGACUGUCCGACAUGCGCCAACUACUCGCGAGCGUUCCUCCACCAUCUCUUCAAGUCCAACGAGCAAAUCUUCUACACACUGGCCACACAACACAACCUUCGCGCCAUGGCUCGUAUCAUGGAGAACUAUAGAAAUAGAAUAUUGGCCAAUGAACUGUAA